AUGUUUCGAAAUUGUCGGCCAGAAGAAGAGGAGGACAAAGUUGAGGAGAUGGGCCUUGAAAAUGGGGCCGCAGAAAACGUCAGUGAUCGGGAACCGUGUCGGUUUAUUUCCGUCACCCUCGGGAGGACUGCUGCUGCUGGGAGCAACCCGCGCGGGUUGUCGUCUGCCGGGCUGGAUCCAAACAAUGUCGACACGAUGGCGGAGCACGGAAUCAUGGACAUUGCGCAACUCUUCACUCUCAAGUAUGGAACAAAAAUCGUUGGCGGUGCGAAUGCAAAACGAGGUGAAUUUCCUUAUCAGGUCGCUUUGAAAAUCAACAACGGACCACGACAGCAUUUAUUCUGUGGUGGCACGCUUAUUUCUAGAACUUGGGUGAUCACUGCGGCUCAUUGCCUUGAGUGGAUGGAUGGGAAAUACGAAAAUGUCCGGGUUAUACUGGGAGAACACGAUUUGAUGAAUGAGAAAGAGCUCACGGAGCAGGAUUUUGGUAUCAAAGCCGUCGUACUGCACGAGGAAUAUGACAAAUGGAAGCUUUGGUACGAUAUUGCGCUAAUUUUGCUUGACGGGGUGGCUGAGUUUAGCGAAAACGUUCGACCCAUCAAUCUUCCGAAGCGUCUCGAGACAGAGUCUAUUGGUAACGCGACGAUUUCGGGCUGGGGAGCCACGCGGGAAGGUGGAGCUGCAUCUGAAGUUCUCAUGAAAGCGUAUGUGCCGAUCGUUCCGGAUGAUCGUUGUCGAUCGGAUUACGAGGACGUGGAGGGGGCCGAGAUCAUUGCAUCGCAUAUUUGUGCCGGGCACGAACGCGGAGGGAUCGACUCGUGUCAGGGUGACUCUGGGGGACCCAUGGUGUGCACGGAACGAGUGCUGCAAUCUGGACGCCGCUUUUUCCGCGUGCUGACGAAUGGCGAUGAGACUGAGGAAAAUGAUCGUCCAAAUCAGUUGUCGAAGAACCGAUGGAAUCUUACUUUUGGUUCCAAGGAAGUGCCGGUGGUUGGCAAAAAGGAAGAAGGUGAAGUGGAACCCGUGGAAACUGGGCCAUACUUGUGUGGGGUUGUUUCUUUCGGUGCCGGUUGUGGCCGACCUGGACACCCUGGAGUUUACACGCAGGUCUCGUACUUCCUGCCAUGGCUCAAAAAGAGUAUCGCUUCAUUCACCGAUCAUCAAGACGGGCAUGAAGAGAGUAACAUGGCAACACUGCCGACGAAAGAUUUUUAUCCUUUCAUGGGCAUGGUGAGCUAUAUUCCGAUCGACUUGCUUUCGCGGAAAGACCCUGUGUCGUGUGUGGGAACGCUUUUGGCGGAGAAUCUUGUGCUAACCUCGGCCGAUUGCAUCACUCCGUUCAUUGAGGACAACGAAGGAAAUUCAUUCUGGGUUGGCUUCGGGAAGCACGUCGUCCCGGGGAGCAAACACUUCCAAAGGAUCCCAGUUUCGGAUUGGUUCGGCUUCCGUCCUGAUCGUUUUCUGCGCGACAUUGCUGAUGGAGGAUCUGGGGAUGAUUCGAGCUCCUCCAAGGCCUCACAAUCGAAUUCUGCGAACAAAGCCCUUGUUUUGGAACUAGCAUGGGGUUUAGUUUAUGACAACGACGCGUACCCGGUGAAUCUGCCGAUGAUGAAUAAUUUCACCGGAAUGAGAGCACAAUUGGUGUCGUUGACGCACAAGAAAGACAAGUACUUCUUCCGGCUGAAAAUGAAACCUAGAGUCGGCGAGUUUGAGCUUACGGAUCUCAGUGCUUGUGGAGAAGAUAGUCUUCGCGUUUACAAUCUUGAUCCGCAAGAUGCUCUUUGCGGAAGAAUGAUUUCCGGAACACGGAAAUGCCUUGAUUUCGCUGCGGGAAGUGCAUUGAUCUGCCACACGAACAUCGAUCGGGAAAACGGAACUAGUGAUUCAUUCAUUUGUGGUAUGUUGGCGAGGCCGAUCGAUGGUCGCCCUAGGACCGAUGACAAAUGCGUAUUCCGUAAAAUUUAUGUUUCGGAGCUCGCCGUUGACUCUUCGGAUAAAAGUAAUUACACCCUCGCUGCGAUCGGGAAUCCAUUUUUCGAUUUCAAUGCUUGAGUUCUGUGUCGGAAGAAUUCGUGGCUGUUAUUUUCCGAAAAUAUCUUUUGAAAUUGCUCCUCUCCAUUUUCUUUGUGAUGCUCAGGCUAUGCUCAUUUCGAUGUUCGGAAAUCUGGUUGUCGAGAGAAAAGGUACGGUAUCUACCUCAUAAUUCUCGUGUUUUCGGCUGUUAGAGGAAAUGAAUUGUUUGUUUCCUUUCAAGUUCGACAUUUCUCUUGUGGGCUACUUUUUAUUGAUACUGA